GUGCAGAUAAACUUGACUAGAACCUCUUUACGUGCAUUUCAAUGUUAAACCAAGAGCCUUCAAGAUCAGUGUCUGAGUCAUUUACUUUGCUUUUCAAAGUUGCUCGGUUUGCAAGUAAAGAUUCUGCAUAGUGUGAUAAUGACAGACACAGCCACUUAUACAAAUCUACCGACCGUCGCAAUGACGCAAGAAGCCAACCGUUGUCUCGCUCCUCUGCAUUUAACUGGGUCAAAUCCAGUCACAGUUGCACUGCGCGGUGCGCCGGCGCAGCUUGUCGGCUGCCCGUUAGUGCCAUAGCAACCAGAGAGAAAACGUCAACCAUCAACAUGAACAGAGCGACGACUGUGAAAGAAGCCCUGGCCAAGUUGGAGGAGAAGUCAGGGGAGAGAGUGAGUGAGAGUAAAGCCAUAAAACUGUAUGGUCAGGUUCCUGCCAUAGAGAAGAUGGAUGCCUCUCUCUCCAUACUCACCAACUGCGAGAAGCUCUCUCUGUCCACAAACUGCAUUGAAAAAAUAACCAAUCUCAAUGGCCUGAAGAACUUGAGGAUAUUGUCAUUAGGAAGGAACAAUAUUAAAUCCCUCAAUGGGCUGGAGGCAGUGGGGGAAACACUAGAAGAGUUGUGGAUCUCCUACAACUUGAUCGAGAAGCUGAAGGGAGUUCAAUCCAUGAAGAAGCUUCGAGUCUUCUACAUGUCCAACAACCUGGUCAAAGAUUGGGUAGAGUUUGUGAGGCUGGCCGACCUGCCAUGUCUCGCAGACCUGGUGUUUGUUGGAAACCCUCUGGAGGAGAAGCAUUCGGCCGAGGGAACCUGGAUGGAUGAGGCCUCGAAAAGACUACCUAACCUACGGAAACUAGAUGGAAACCCAAUCAUCAAACAGGAAGAGGAGGAGGCCGAUGGAGGAGAGAGCUGAGGAGCGCGACUAUCUGCAACCUCCUGAAGAGUUUUCCCUUUUUUAAUGUUUUGUAUGGUUUGUUAUGGUGCUUUUCUUUUUAUAAAAUAUUUUUUACUACAGUGUACACUUUGUUACAGACAGACAAGCACAAGAUAACUGAUAAAUACAAGGAUGUUUAUGUUUUAUAGAAUGAGAAAAGUCUGUUUCACAAAAAGAUCUUGGAAGAUUUACAUUUGAACCAAUGUAUUUUAUCUAUCACUGACAGCUGUAACACAAUGGUGAUCGAGCCUAUGGCCCACUGAUUGCAAUAUUCAUAUAUUUGCAUAAUUACCAACAAGGUGUUUGUCGUAACAUUCCUGGAAAAAAUGCUUUAUUUCAGUUUUUCCUAAUAAACAUACAACCAAUAAAUAUUUGGACAUUGA